UAUAUUUCGGCUGGUUCGGGUGUCGUGUUUCAGAGGCGACGAACCACCACAAGCAGCAUGGUCCAUUCUUCAACCUUCCCUCACUCUUCACUCUCUCUGUGUGUCUCUGACCGUAUUUUUGCUGCGAACUUAUCAUAAAAACCGAGUUCAAAAUGCCACUCGCGAGAGAUUUGCUGCAUCCCUCCCCGGAGGAUGAAAGAAGGACACAUAAAUUAAAACGCCUAGUUCAACAUCCUAACUCUUACUUUAUGGACGUGAAAUGUCCUGGGUGUUACAAGAUCACUACUGUUUUUAGCCAUGCCCAAUCAGUUGUUAUCUGUGCAGGUUGCUCCACAGUUCUUUGUCAACCAACUGGAGGUAGAGCGAGGCUAACGGAAGGAUGCUCCUUCAGGAAAAAACAACAUUAAGGCCAGCUGGAAGAUAAACUAAUUGUUUUUGCAAAUGUUCCAUUAACGUUUAAAGAGUAUGGAAGAAUAAAACUUUUGCGUAAAAUAUUUUAUGCAGUGAACA